GUUUCUCUUUCCGUUCUCACCACAGCUUUGGGGGUCAUCAUUGCUGCAUUGGGGGACUUCUCUUUUGACCUCUUUGGGUACACCAUGGCUCUUACUUCUGUUUUCUUCCAGACCAUGUAUCUGAUGCUUGUGGAGAAGUCUAGUGCAGAGGAUGGGCUUUCAUCAGUUGAGAUAAUGCUCUAUAAUGCAAUUCUAUCGAUUCCCUUUCUCCUGUUUAUAAUUAUAGCUACUGCAGAAUUCCCACAUUCUUUGGCUUUACUGAUUGAAAAGAAAUUCUAUUGGCUGCAGGCACAUUCCUUCUCAUUCUUUCUAAUCUUCAUUCUUUCAUUGGUAAUGGGCAUUGUUCUAAACUUCACAAUGUUCCUCUGCACAACUGUAAACUCUGCGCUAACUACAACAAUCGUUGGAGUUCUCAAAGGAGUUGGCUCUACGACACUUGGUUUUCUCUUGUUGGGAGGUGUUGAGGUUCAUGCUCUCAAUAUCACUGGAUUGAUCAUCAAUACAAUUGGUGGCGUGUGGUAUUCUUAUGCCAAAUACCAGCAGAAGAAGAGAGCUCCGAAGAAAUUAACUUCUGAUGAAGAAGCUCAUUACAAGGACAAAAACUGAACUUUCUCAGCAGUUUAAUAGUUUCCUCCCCCUUUUUUGUUGAUGUAUUUUGAGUUUUGCAGCUAAUAAAUGCAAUAAAAAUUUGGUUA